AUGUUGGGCCAAGAAGUAGAGCAAGAAGGACUACUUGUUUCAGUUGCCCGUCGGCCUCAACACGUAUUUCACGAACAGCAGAAAGAUAAUUUUUACCCGGCCGACACAGGCACUCCUCGAGAUCUAUCACCGCAGAAAACGCAACGCCUCCCCCCCCUCCCCGCCGACCCGACCGCGCCGGCGAACAUCGCGCUUGGCGUCUUUCUGCAAAUUAUCUGCAUUUUCCUCCUGUCCUCCACCCGAAUUGCGAUGAAGCAGACGGCCAGGGUCGGGCUCACACCCCGGGAACUGGCCACGUACCAGUAUGGAAUGAACAUCACGUUGCUGCUCGUGGUAACGUAUUGGUACGAAGAGGGGUCUUUCGCAAAUUGGUGGAAACUGUAUUCCAAUCUCUCUACCUUUGACUAUGCGCUGUUUUUCUUCGUCGCCAUCGUCAUCACGUUUUACGCAAACCAGAAGCAGUAUGAACGCGUCAGAAUCGAAAUUCACAAAGUUGAAGUUGUAUUUUUCGGCGACGCAUAAACAAAUGCAAGGCACAAGAUACCUGCCGUACUGCGGGUGUCAGCUGCCCGUUGUUCGGGGUUGGAGAUAUUAGAGCUGCUAACCUAUCGCUUGGUUCUUUUGGUGCCCACAUAUUCCUAUUAGCGCGACAAAUUGUAGACCGUUUUGCACAUGACUUCAACACUAUCGAUUUCAAUUCUGACAUCCUCAUAAGCAAAUCGAAGCCGUGCGGAUUCUUGGGCCCACACUGUACAGCAGUUUUCAGCCCCUCCGGCUGGUGAGUUCCGUCUGUGGCAGUUAUUUUCUGUUGCGCGAGCCGGUGGAGUCAGCGGUGUCUUGGGUCGGAAUUUUUCUCUUGUGCUGCACAUUGUGGGUGUACUUCGGAAUGCAGCUGUGGGAGAAGAAAAAAAUGGACAUGGUGGAAGGUGCGAAGUUGAUGAGCUCUACUGAAGCAGAUCUAGAGAAAUACGAACGCUGCACGAAAACCGAGCUAAAACUUGUGUCCGGGCAUGGACAUUUUGCGGCCAACACCGAUGAAGAAACGACAAGAACAACGAAAAAAAACAAACAUCCCGAUGAUGAAGACGAAGAUGAAACAUUCGAAAUAAAGAUUGACAACAAGAUAAAAACAAUUGGAAAGAACACCAGAGAGGUCAAUAGAGUCGGAAUGAUGGAAUGA